GUAAUUUUCCAUACCAGAUUGCUGAACCAUUUAAUGAGUAGUUUGUGUAUUUUUCUAUCUAUUAUUUAAGUAAAGAUUCAGCUUCUGUGGCCAAGAGAAUUUGCAAAAGCCAUGUGAAGAUGGUGUUCAGUUUUGUGGUUGUUAUUUAAAACAGUAUUUUAUAUUUGGAACUCCCACUCAUUUCACAAUUUGGCUUUUAUAUUAACCUAACUCCCACAUUUAUAUUUGGAACGCCCACUCAUUUCACAAUUUGGUUUUUGUAUUAACCUAACUCCCACAUUCCUCUCAGUAGUUGUUUUAUUACCUUCUUUGGCUGAAGAUGCUUGUUGCCUAACACAAAACUACUUUGCUUUCCUGACUUUUUGCAUCUUUUCAGAGUAAUUUUAUUGCUGAAGUAGGUUGCAGUGGUUUUCUGAUUUACAUUGAUUUUUAGAGAUGCUUAUAUUUAUUCCUUUAACCUUCUGGAAAACUGCAGUAGGAGAAGCUCACAUCUGUCAUUUUAAUGCAGCUACUUAUUCAUUGAUUUCUGGAACACUCACAACUUGCUUGAGCUGUUAUUAUAAUGUGAGAUUUGAUAGUUCAAUUCUUCAUUUGCUUUGUCUGGAAAUUGUGAUUAGAAAUGUUACUGGAGUUUGCUCAGCUGUGAGCUAUGCAAACUAUUCUAAGUUUGGAUGGAUGAUUCGGGUUCUUUUGGCCAAGUUUGACACUUACUGGGAUUCUCCUGAGGUGCAGGGAUGUGUGACAAUGUCAGCAAAUGUAAGUAACAGAUCAAGCCUUUGUGACCCUUGCUACUGAUGAUGUGUACUGUCAAGGUGCUCUCGUUCUUGGGCAGUCAUUGAGGAAUCAUAAAACAUCCAGAAAAUUGGCAGUUCUAAUUACUCCAGAGGUUUCCAGUGGGAUGAGGUCAGUCCUCAGCAGUGUAUUUGAUGAAGUGAUCGAGGUGGAUGUGCUGGACAGUGCUGACUCAGUCCAUUUGGCUCUGAUGCAGAGGCCAGAACUGGGUGUAACCUUCACUAAGCUUCAUUGUUGGACUCUUACUCAUUACAGCAAAUGUGUCUUCAUGGAUGCAGACACUUUGGUACUUUGCAAUGUUGAUGAGUUGUUUGAUCGAGAGGAGUUUUCUGCAGCUCCUGAUUCUGGCUGGCCUGACUGCUUCAAUAGCGGUGUCUUUGUGUUCCGGCCCUCCUUGAGGACUCACAGCCGGCUGCUCCAGUUUGCUGCUGAGCACGGCAGCUUUGAUGGAGGUGAUCAAGGCUUGUUGAACAGCUUCUUCAGCAGCUGGGCAACAGCAGAUAUUGGCAAACACUUGCCUUUCCUCUAUAACUUAAGCAGCAGCUCUGUAUACACCUAUAUUCCUGCUUUCAAUCAUUUUGGUAGAGAUGCCAAAGUUGUUCACUUCUUGGGAGCAACAAAGCCCUGGAACUACAAAUACAACCUUCAAACAAAGAGAGUUAUGCAGGAUGGCACCACCUCUGGAUCUUUUCAUCAACUGUCAUUUCUUGCCCUCUGGUGGAAUAUAUACAGUGCCAGUAUAUUGCCUUUGUUGGAAAAACUUCAAAAGAUGGAAGAAUCAGAAUCAGAGGAAUGCAAGCAUGCUUUCAAUGGAGUUGAAGUUACCCUGAAGAAGGUCAGCCCUUAUGUGGCCAGUUCACUACAGAAGCCUGAGCUCCUGGAGCAGACAAAGGAAGUGAAUCCCGCAGCAUGCUCACCCGAGGAACACACUUCCAAAGCUCAACCUGUAUGUGAAGUCGAACCAAGAGAUUCUAACAUCCGUCCCUCUGAGCCUGACAGACCUUCAGAGCAGCCUGCAUUUCAACCUGCAUCUCAGGAAACCCCAGAAAUGAAGGAGGUUGCACAUUCUGUUUCAGAGCUGUCUAUUCACUCCAUACCAGCAAAACCAACUCCAGAAGAUGAAAGGAGAAAAUGGGAGGAAGGGCGCAUGGACUAUAUGGGGAAAGAUGCUUUUGAACAUAUCAAAAAGAAAUUGGAUGCAUUUUUACACUAAGGGUGUAUUGUUAUGCCCAUCAUGAUAAAUUUCUUUAUAAAUGCAAUUCUUGUAUAUUUGGCUGUUUUAACCAGUUUAGCUGACACCAGUUAGAGGUUAUUAUGGAUCCUCAUACAUUCUUAGGGGGCCUUAACAGAUACAGCAUCUUGGUUUUUAACUGAUAAAUGUGCCUCAACUUCUUACAUGUGUCUCAUCUUCAUUGUUCUCACAUAGUGCCUUCUAAAGUAUAAUGAAUGGUACCUUUCUGAGUAUGAACUCCCAUGUAUUUAUCACUCUUCUCUGGUGCACCCCAUCUACAUUCUGCAGAAACAGUUGUUUAGAAAAGAUGUUGGAAGUUGAGAUAGUUUGGGAAAAGUUCAACUUCCAAAACAGAUUAUUCCCAAAGUAUUUUCAGAAGUUUCUAUAAAUUAUUUAAUUAAAAAGAACUUAUUGUUGAAACCAAAUUAACACCUUCAAGGGUGAUCAUGAUAUGGACUUCAAUAUGAGAAAGAAGUGAUGAAAUCCUGACCUCAUAGGAGCCUGCAACAAAACUUUUAAUUUAAACACAUUUAGGAUUAGAGGAACUUCAGACUUCAUCUGAGAUCAUUAGUGGAUGCUCUACCUACUUAUAGGAAGCUGUUCAGCUCCAUAACAAUUGUGAGGAAGCGUGGUUUAAAGCUCUUUAAGACAGAGUGAUAAUGUAUUUUAACCUUUUAUGUUGUUGCCAUAGGAUACUGAUGCUUUUUAAAAUAUUGUAUAGUGUUAGUUGCAUAUUCUGAGUUGUGUGGUCAGAAGAAGAAACACUGACAGCAUGGUGUAAACCUUCUGGUGCUUUAUAUCAAUUUGUUUACAGUACUUCAAGCAGCAGCUGAUAAAGGCCUCCUUUGGCUUGGCAUUGUUGCCCCAUACUGCAGGCAAUUUGAGUGCAACUGAAAAGAAAAUUGGCACUUGUUUUAGUAAACAAGCCGUUUGAAGACCUUUUAAACAAUAGCUGUGUGUGGGAACCAAUAAAUCUCUGAGGAUAAUUCCAGAAAAAAAAAGUCAACUGAUGAGACUGCAUUAUAUUAAGGACAAUUCUAGGGGAAUGUUUUGUGUAUUUGGCUCAUUUUGUAUUUGACUCAUCUCAGUGAGUUUAUUUUAACAAACAAGUAAAACGCCUUCUUUCAAAGCAAAAAAACUUUUAAAGAGUCAUGAGAGUUAUGCUAAUAUAAUAAUAAAUUUGACAGUUAUUUGUAGCCUCUCUCAAUAUUGGAAUAAGAAUUCUGCAGUGAUGUUGCAGGACUUGAAACAUUUUGGUCUAAAUACAUCACAAAUUUUGCAGAGAGAAAGCUAAUGAAAUGUCUUUGAAAUUCUGUCUAAAAGCAAUGAUGUACCAUUAUGCAUAGACACUAGCAGGAAAAAAAGGAUAGCAGUAUAGGAGGCAAGAAGAAAAUUUUAUUUCUUUUUCCUCUCAUCAAAAAGGAUUAGAGGGUAGGGCAGGGAAUAAGUGCACAAAUCAGGAAAGGAAUGAAAGAGUCAAAGGUCCCUUAAAAGAUGAAAAAAAUAUAUAUCUUUGAAUAUGUUAGAAUUACUUCCUAAUAUUCCCAUUAGUGGAUUUGCUUUCAUUUUUGUAGGAUAUUUCUGAUUUUACCUAGUUCUCAUUUAUCCUUAAACUCUUAAAUGGGGAAUCCCAUUGGUCUGUCUGUUGAAUACAAGCAUCUAGGUCGAGUUAGGUGUUUAGGGGCAGCAGAGAAAUUGGGAACAGUUCUCUCUCUGACUAACCUUGUCACCCUGGAUAGCCUGUGUUCCUGGGUAGGUGACCUUCACAUACUGACACAGGUAGAUGUGCUCUACCUCUUGGUGCUGUGGCCCAGUGCAGCAGUGUGGAGAUGACAGCAGCUGCAGUGGGCCCUUACUCAUGUGGCAUUUGAUCUUCUGAUUAUCCCUAUUUCUUAGUGAUCCUUAUUCACUGCAGAGAGUGUCCUCUGUUUUAUAAAAAUUGUUGCUAAUAUAGUCCUAACAGCUUUUGAAAACUAUAUAAAGCUGUAGCCAGCAAUGUGAACUUAUGCUUAUGUACAUUUUACAUUAACUGCUAGAUCUUAUUUGCUACAUUGAUUAGAUUAUGGAAAAAAAAAUUACAGAUGUGAAAUCAGUAAAUGAAAGAUUUUUAAAAUAGGCAUAUGAAUGUAGUCAAAUGUGUCAUUGAGUACAUUUCAAACUGUUAAUAUGUACAAUGGUACUCCGUGUGACUUAUACAAUGUUUUGCCUAGAAUUGUAGUACAAUAAUGUAAUGGAAAUAAAAGAAAUGGAAAAGACAUACGAAGUCAUGUGCUUAUGAGAUGAUAAAGAGUUAUAGGUUGUUUACAUUGUGCCAGGGAAUAUUACUUGUGAAUAACUAGUUAUUUUAAUUUAUUUUUUAAUUUUAUUUAAUUGCUUUUGAGACAUUAGCAUUAACUGCUGAGCAGAAUUAAAAGUUUAGAGUAAUAAUUUUUCUCCAGACAUACAUAAUUAUAAUGUUCAGGAUCUCUUGAAUUAGAAAACAGUACUUAGUUUAUUGUAUUUCAUGGAAAAGUAUAGCUGUAAAAAGCCUUGCCCUAAUUUUUGUGUCCUGUCUUCACACACAAAAAAUUGAACUAGUUACUGGGAAUGCAGUGUUGUAGUGGCUUCUAGCACACAACUGUUGCCACCAGGGUGUGAAAAGGGGGAAUUUUGUAUGGGAAUCCAGUGCUGUGCUCCAGGCAGCAUUCUGGUGUUUUAUGACCAUCAGUUCUGAAAUCCUGGGUCACAGACAGGUCUGAGGCUUGUUACAGGCUGCAUGUGGCCAUGAACCACAGUGCUGAGGUUUGCUAAGUCAAAAUGUGUCUUGGGGAAAAAACUUUACCAAGAUUCACCUAGAAUUUUUUUCCCACGUUAAACUGUGGUAUAGCCUCAAGUUUUUAAGAUAAUGAAAGUUAAGAAAUAUAAGUUUUUUGGUGCCACUAUUCAUCUUUAAACAAGGCUAGACUAUAACUUACUGUUGUGUGGUAGACUUUGUAUUUAGAGAGGACAACUUGUGCUUAAAAUAAAACAUGCUGAUUCUUCUGUCA